CGCGGGUCUGAGCGUCCCCGAGUCUGCGCGGCCCCGGCCCGGGCCAGCAGGGACGGGGUCCCAGGGCGGCGCCCGCGUGCACCUGCAGGAAGGGGGACGCGGGGUCUCCCGGCCGCCAACGCCCGGCCUCGCCCUAGGCAAGACCACGCUGAUCAAGGCGCUGACGGGCGACGCGGCCAUGCAGCCGCGGGACCAGCUGUUCGCCACGCUGGACGUCACGGCCCACGCGGGCUGGCUGCCCUCGCGGCUGGCCGUGCUGUACGUGGACACCAUCGGCUUCCUGUCCGAGCUGCCGCACGGCCUCAUCGAGUCCUUCUCCGCCACCCUGGAGGACGUGGCCCACUCGGACCUGAUCGUGCACGUGAGGGACGUCAGCCACCCCGAGGCCGAGCGCCAGAAGGCCAGCGUGCUGGCGGCUCUGCGCGGGCUGCGUCUGCCGGACGUGCUGCUGGACACCAUGGUGGAGGUGCACAACAAGGUGGACCUGGUGCCCGGGUACAGCCCCGCUGAGCCCAGCGCCGUGGCCGUGUCUGCCCUCCUGGGCCUCGGGCUGGAGCAGCUCAAAGCUGAGCUGGAAGACGCUGUUUUGAGAGCAACCGGGAGACGGGUGCUCACUCUGCGCGUGCGGCUGGCAGGGGACCAGCUCAGCUGGCUGCACCGGGAGGCCGCGGUACAAGCGGUGGACGUCGUCCCCGAGGACGGGGCGGCCGACGUCAAGGUCCUCAUCAGCAACGCCGCCUACGGCAAGUUCCGGAAGCUCUUCCCAGGAUGAAAGGACGGUCGCCGGGACGCCGGAGCCGCAUCUUUGCAGUGUCACUCGCGCGGCCGCCUCUUCUGUCUCGCUCCUCGGCGUUUCCAUGGCAGCG